CAGACCACCAGCUGGACUCAUGACAUGAUGGUUCCUCUAAAGGUUCCUCAGGGUUCUACUCUCGGUCCUGUUUGUGUUCUGUUCGGUCUCCAGCAGCUCCGAGAUCACAGAUCAAUUUGAAAAUACGUCGCUAUAAAUGCUAAGCUAAAAGUGUUGGCUAUCCGAUUAUGAUGACAUCCCAUGAACACAGCGCUUCUUCUUCCUGGACAGCAGGGAAGCCAGUCAGGUUCUGACCCGACGGAGACGAGCCAACAGCUUUUGGGAAGAGAUGAAACAAGGCGACAUGGAGAGGGAGUGUGUGGAGGAGCGCUGCAACUGGGAGGAGGCCCGAGAGAUCUUUGAGAAUAAAGAGAAAACUAAUGAAUUCUGGGUCAAAUACGUUGAUGGCGACGCAUGCAAGUCCAUACCCUGCGCACACAACGGAGUUUGCAAAGAUGGGAUUGGUAGCUACGACUGCUACUGCCAGGCCGGGUACCAGGGCUACAACUGUGAAAUCGUUAUUCCUGAGCUUUGUGAGAACAGAAACGGUGGAUGUGAACACUUCUGCAAAGUGGUGCAGGGAAGCGUCAUGUGCUCCUGCGCUGACGGAUAUUUCCUGGCGUCAGAUGACAAAUCCUGCAACUCCAACGCAACCUUCAAAUGUGGCGCCAUCGUCACCGGAAACACCCGGACUGUUUUCAGGUACGAGCGAAAUAACACGAUGUUGGCGAACAAAGAGAAUUUGAACGAGACGGACCACAACAUCAACUCCACCAAUCAGGAUUACGCGAUGGACAACAGCACCGCCACCGCCAAAAUCUUACCAGAGAACCGGAUCCUGGAGCAAAUAAUCAACUCUCAAAUGGCCAGCAUGACCCGCAUCGUCAACGGAGAGGACUGUCCACCGGGAGAAUGUCCAUGGCAGGCUCUCCUCCUGAACGAGGAGGACCGAGGGUUCUGUGGAGGAACCAUCCUCAACGAAUACAUCAUCCUGACUGCUGCUCACUGCAUGAACCAAUCACGCUUCAUCUACAUCAAGCUUGGUGAGUUCGACGUGUUGGUGGAUCACGGUAAUGAAGCCACUCACCAUGUGGAGACUAUCGUCACCCACAAUAAAUACAGGCCUGAAACCUACCACAAUGACAUCGCACUCAUCAAGUUGGUGUCGCCCAUCAAGUACAGCAGGUACAUCCUGCCGGCCUGCAUACCUGAGCCAGACUUCGCUGAAAAGGUUCUAAUGCGGCAGCCCGACGGCAUGGUCAGUGGUUUCGGUCGUCUCGGCGAGGGUCGGCAGCCGUCCACCAUCUUGCAGCGCCUCACCGUCCCCUUCGUGGAUCGGGCAACCUGCAUAGAAUCGACCCAGCUGCGGAUCUCUCAGCGCAUGUUCUGUGCUGGCUAUGACGACAUAGCCAAGGACGCCUGCCAAGGCGACAGCGGCGGACCGCACGUCACGCGCUACCGAGACACCUAUUUUGUCACCGGCAUUGUAAGCUGGGGUGAAGGCUGUGCACGCAAAGGCAAAUACGGCGUCUACACCCAGGUGUCCAAGUACGUCCAGUGGAUCCGUGAAGGCAUCAAGAAGCUGAUGCCCCAAGAGAAGAGCGGCAGGAAGAAGAGGCACCACGGUCCGAUCAACAGAUUGGUUCUGUAAUCGUUCAGCCUCACUUUGUGCCUCUCGUGUAAUCAAAAUCUAAAUAAUGUUUAUGACUCCUAAACAGGCACAUUUCACAACAUUUACCACUUUUAUAAAAAGACAAUAUAAAACAUCUUAAAGCUGCAUUAAUUCAUUGUUAGUCCACUUGGGAGCAGCAGAACAAGCUAAACUAAUUUUAGCAAACACGUUAACAAACAGCUGCAUCACAACCUAUAGAAAGUGACUUGUGAGGUUCCUCAGGGUUCAAUUCUGGGUCCUGAAUAUUUUCUGUUUGGUUAAAACUGCAGUAUCUAAGUUUUUGGUGCACUUGGGGGUAACAGAACAAACUAUAAACACAACUUCUAUCAGCUUCUGACGUAGUAGUGGCUAUCAUGUUAGCAAACAGCAACCUGCCAUCACAUCCUGCAGUGUGACAUGAUCAUCCACUUCGAGUCACGUUUGUGUUGAACUGAUAAAAGUCUUUAAGCUCUGUUUUGGUCUCGAACAACUAAAGGAAACAUCUGCCUCUUUAGCCGCUUGCUGCUCUCACGUUUGUCUUUCUGCUGUUUGAUGAUCUUUCAGUGCAAAAGUCUCAAAUGUAAAACUGUCGAUAACCUGUGAUGUAAAUUUAAAAUGACGUACGAAAUCUGAGCUUGAUUUAAUAAUUUGCUUUUCAGUUUGAUCCAAACGUCUGGAGGAGGAAGCUGAAAAAAAUAAAUCUGUUGUCAUCCUCUGUUUUUUUUUGUUAGUUUUUAGCUUUUUGAGCAGAAUUUGAUGAAAAUAAAAGAAAUACAAGUCUGA